CUGUACGGCAGCGUCUCGGGAGCCGACGGUGGCUGUGAUGCGGUACGAGCCGGCAUCGGAAGCUGCGAAACUAGGGGCCGCUGCAGCAGGGGCGGGGAGCGGCAUGGGGCCACAGCCCCGCAUGCAGCGGCUCCCUUCAAGCGGCGCUUCGGAUGCCGCCGCCGCCGCAGCAGCAGCGGCGGCGGGGACACCCUACCGCUAUUCUGGGAGCGGCAGCGGAGGCGGCGGCGAUUCUUCCAACGCUGCGGAGGCUGCGCCUGCCGAGGACAUUACCCUCUCCGUCUUCCAGACUGCACCCCUCCCCGCUGACUCCCCGCUCAGAGCUCCCAACCCAGCUGGCCCGGCUCCCAGCUCCUCCGCCGCCUCCGCCUCCAGCGGCCGCAGAUCCAGCUCCGCCGGCAGCAGCAAAUCCGCCCCAGGCCGCAGCGGCAGCGGAGGUACCGGUACGGCAACCCCCGGCGGCGCCGCUCGCUUCACAAGCCCCGGCUCCGGCCGCUCCUCCCGCCCGCCCGCUCCUCCCGCCUCCUCCCCUUCCAAACCCAGUUCCAAGGGGCCCGGUGGCGGCGGCAGCGGGGUGCGCAACCAGCCGGUCACCUUCCAUGCCAAGGUCAAGUCCAGCGGCUACGGUUUCGUGCACCCCACCACGCAGCUGGGGCGCGCGCCGCCACCCCCGGUGAAGGUGGGUCGCUCCGCUGCCGCCAGCAGCGUGGGGCGGCAGCUGCUGGAGUCGCGGCAGUACCCCGCGGAUUGCGGGCCGCUGACCACCCACCAGUCGCGCAACUCGCUGCCCGGCGGGGAGGCGGUGCACCCGGGGGGAGCCAUCGUGCGGAUCGCGUUCUCGAGCGACGCCUCCCGGCUGCUGACCGCCUCCGUGGGUCGCUCCGCCCGUGUGCUGAAGCUGCCGCUGUCCCGCUGGGCGGGCGAGGGCACGGACCUGGUGGGGCACAACGGGCCGCUGCACGGGGCGGACUGGAGCAGGGAGGGCACGCUGGUGCUCACGGCGUCAGCGGACAGGACCGCCCGGUUAUGGGACGCCGCAUGUGCGCAGCCACUGCUAGAGUUCAGCCACCUUAACACGCAGCCGCCCUGGCGACCCACGGGUCCGUCCGCUGGCUCCGCCAUGCCGCCGCCUGCGCCUCCCUCGCCCGCCUCCGCCGGCCGCUCCGCCAACCCGCCGCUGCCCCAUGAAGUCCGCGCGGCUCGGUUCGUGUACAUGGACCAGUUCAUAGCGCUGGCGUGCGGUAACAAGCUGCUGCUGUACAGGUACAAGCUGGCUGACGACCCGGACAGCGACAUUGAGCGCCUGCGCGCCCGCCACUCCUACCGCCUGCUCGCCUGCCACACCUCCCCAGCGCAGUCGCUGCUGGACUUCUCCGUCGUCAACUCCUUCCUCUCCCCGCUCGCCAUCGCCUCCGCCUCCAACCGGGGGCUGGAGCUGGUGGACCUGGCGGUGAUGCGGCCGCUGGCGGCGGUGGCGGAGGCGCACGCGCGACCCGUGGGGUGUGUGGCGCAGGCCGGCACGGCCUCUCUGUUCGUGAGCCACCCCCGGGAGGCGUACGAGCUGUUCGCCACCGCCGCCCCGGACAACACAGUAAAGCUGUGGGACGUGCGCGCGCCGCAGCGCUGCGUGCGGGCCUUCGCUGGCCACAAGAACUCGCAGCUGCCCAUCUCCGUGUCCUUCUCGCCCUGCCUGCGCUACCUGGGGGUGGGCUCCGAGGACAAGCAGGCCUACCUCUACGACGUACGGCAGGGGGUGGUGGCGCACAAGGUGGGGCGGGGGGUGGUGGCGGACGCGGUGACGGGGGUGGCGUGGAGCCCGCUGCACCCGCAGAUGGCGCUGGCAGGGCUGGAUGGCCGGGUGGCGUUCUUCAGUGAUGGGGGCGCGUGAGAGGCAUGGUUGCGUGGGGUGAAUGAUAGAUGAGAAGUGCAGCAACUGGAGUCCGAUUCCCAUAUCCCGACGGAUACAGUGAGUGCUGAGGCGAGUGUGAGGCGGGGGAGAGGGGAGAGGGAGGAGGGGCCAGAGAGCGGUAGGGGGCUGGGAAGGACGGAUGAGCAGUGUACGGUGUGUGCCGGGUGCAAUGUAGGUGUGCAUGCAAGGGGGCUCCCUCUUUGCUGCGAUAUUGUUGGGGAUACGUGUGAUGGCGGAGGUACCUUCUGCUGGAGAGGUUAUCUUCGGCGUCGGACUGACUGCUGCGUGCAACGGUGCGUGCGUGUGUGUCGAGCGGAGGCACCAGGGCACCAGGAGAGCGGUGGGUGCCGGCGGCAGCGGUGGAGCAGGGUGUAAUGCCGAUGUGCGGGUGUUGAGGUGCCGGGGGAAUGGCGGGUGAUGGGGGCUAGUAGUCCCUCUAUCGUUGGAGCACCGGCAGCAUGCCUGUUGUUGCGCGCGUCCUUGACAUGACGUGGACAAGGAAUUCGUAACACAUGUCGUUCGCCGUUUGUACGGUAUCUAGGCACGAAUCUGCGAAUAUCAGGGGUGGUGAGGCUCUGGGAGUUCCUAGUUUUAAAAUACAAGUAAAAUUGAAUUCGCGAACACAAUCCUCCCUCGCAUCAUCGAGUUCUGGCCCAACAAAGUGAAGCCCUCUCACGCAAACAUUACGGGAAAUGUACGGCAGAACGGUUUUUGGG